UCACAACCCCGAGAUCAAGAGUCGCCUGCUCCACCAGGAGCCAGCCAGGAGCCCCAUUAUAGUUUUAUUGUAUUGUUACGAGAUAAUUGUUUGAUCUUGGACCAGGAAUCUAUUCGUGUCUAUUCUUGGUGCCCUUCUAUUUAUUUCUUUUCACCUACUGUAGUUUCUCUUGUAUGGAGUUACCGUGUUAUUCAGUGCGCUGCUAUUCAAGACUUGUUUUAUAACGCUGGGAACGGCAGCUGGUGGCCUUACAAAGUGUCCUUCUCUGCUACGCGUUGGGAUCUGAACCCUGUCUUGUUUGACAGCAGACCUCGGCCAGUCGGUCCCUGCACUGAGGCCGGAACGCAGAGGGGACCGACACUAACCCACCAGGCUUGGUCCGCUCUGCACAGCCGCCUUCUGCUGGAGGCCGGGCCAGUGAACGGGGACCCUCCGCAGAGGAUUCUGGGAGAUGUAGUUUUCUUCGGGGCCGUUCCUUCAGGUGCAUCGACGCAUGACGUACUUCCGCUGCGCCGCACCCGCGGCUGUAGUCGGGUACUCUCCUGCAGGGCUGUUUCCGGCUCGGUGUUGGUGGACCGGAGCGGGCCCGGGAGUUGCGAGUUCCCGGGGCCCCGGACCCGCGAAAGCACAGACUUAGCCCUGCCCGGCACGUCCUGUGCAGACCGGGAGCUUGGCCAGCUAAGACCUACGGUCGGUCUGGGGCGUGGUCGGAGCCAGGCCGGCCUCGGGGGUUCCCGUGUCAGGGCCGGGUCACCGUACAAACUCCUCUCCGACUUCUUCUGCCCGGGGCCCGAGGCCUCGGACGGUCUGCACGAAACAGCACGGGAUGGCCGCCGGGUUCCGGACAGCUUCGUGUUGGAAGAUUGGAAAGAAUGGUACCAGAAAAAUCCAGAUGAGCUUGAAAAUGUUGAGAGAACUUAUGCUUGUAGUGCAUUUGGAAAACUUAAUCUGAGCAGGACCCAUGUUUCUUCAAGACAGAGAAUCCAUAAGUAUAACACACAUGGAAGAAGUUUGACACAAAACUCAGGUUCAACCAGAAACUGUCUGAGAAAAAAUCCUGAUAAGUUUCAUGGAUACGAAGAAUCAUAUUUUCUUAAGCAUCAAAGAGCUCACGGUAUAGAAAAAAACUGUGUGUGUAACGAAUGUGGGAAAGCUUUUCGUUGUAAAUCACAGCUGAUCGUCCAUCUGAGAAUUCAUACGGGAGAGAGGCCUUACGAAUGCACGAAAUGUGAAAGGGCGUUCAGUGCGAAGUCAAACCUCAAUGCUCACCAGAGAGUCCACACGGGAGAGAAGCCCUACUCCUGCAGCGAGUGCGGGAAAGUUUUCUCUUUCAGGUCACAGCUCAUCGUCCACCAGGAAAUUCACACGGGAGGGAAACCUUACGGCUGCAGUGAUUGUGGGAAAGCCUAUAGCUGGAAAUCACAGCUCAUUUUACACCAGAGAAGCCACACAGGAGUGAAACCUUAUGAAUGUGGCGAGUGCGGGAAAGCCUUUAGUUUGAAGUCCCCGUUCGUUGUACACCAGAGGACUCACACGGGAGUGAAGCCCCAUAAGUGCAGCGAAUGUGGGAAAGCCUUUAGGAGCAAGUCCUACCUCCUGGUUCACAUCAGGAUGCACACAGGCGAGAAACCUUACCAGUGCGGUGAUUGUGGGAAAGCCUUCAAUAUGAAGACACAACUUGUUGUUCACCAGGGAAUCCACACAGGAAAUAAUCCUUAUCAGUGCGGUGAAUGCGGGAAAGCCUUCGGUAGGAAGGAGCAGCUCACUGCGCAUCUGAGAGCGCAUGCAGGGGAGAAGCCCUACGGGUGCAGUGAGUGUGGGAAGGCUUUCAGCAGUAAAUCCUACCUCGUUAUACACAGGAGAACACACACAGGAGAGAGACCCUAUGAAUGUAGUUUCUGUGAGAGAGCCUUUUGUGGGAAAUCACAGCUAAUUAUACACCAGAGGACUCACUCGACAGAGAAGCCCUACGAAUGCAGCGAAUGUGAGAAAGCCUAUCCUAGGAAGGCUUCACUUCAGAUACACCAGAAGACUCAUUCAGGAGAGAAACCUUUUAAAUGUAGUGAAUGUGGGAAGGCUUUCACCCAGAAGUCGUCCCUCAGUGAACAUCAGAGAGUUCAUACAGGAGAGAAACCGUGGAAAUGCUCCGAAUGCGGGAAGUCCUUCUGUUGGAAUUCAGGGCUUCGUAUACAUCGAAAAACUCACAAGUGAGAAAUUGAAGUGAAGUAGAUGUUAGAAACUCUCUCAUAGAAGUUGAUCCUCAGGAGACUAAAUGAUAAUAUGGGUGGGAUGCAUUAAGCGGGAAGUCCUAAAAAUACACUCCUGCCGAUUGAGUCCGAGAGAGACGGUCAUAUUUGGAAGAAUGGGCAAAAGCUUUGAGAAGUAAGUCCUACAAGUCUCUGUAGACAAGAACUGAAGGAGUGAGGAACAGUGACAUCAGAUGCGGUGGUGUCAUUAUGAAGAUAAAAUUCAGAGAAUUCGUAUUUAAAACCUUCUAAAUUUAAUAAAUUGGAAAAGCAUUGUCCCAUAGAAAAUGUUAUAUGUGGAGAGUCACAUUCCAGAUUUGAAGCUAUGUUUUAGAUUGAAGAAAACCUCAAUUAUAAAUGGUAGAUUUUUUCAUGGUGGAGUAUAAAGUUGAUUUUUAUUUUGAUAUGUAAAUACAGCGGUGGAGGAAAAUGGCAAGGAACAUAUUCUGAGGGUUGAGAGAUAUUUAGUGUGACUUUCCUGAGUAACACUGAAUAGCAUUUUUAAAAAUUUUUGGUAUUUUAUUUUUUAACGUAACUUGUUAGACAUAUAUUUGGUAGCUUGUGGAAUAACAUCCCCCGAUAUUCUCCAUAUUAAAUGCUAAAUAUCA